UAUUUGCUUAUGGACGGAAUGGAAAAAAGGUUGAACUGUGACUACAAAGACUAUAUCACCAAAUCAUUCGUCGCAUUUCGUUCAUAUGCCCAACCGAUCAAAAAUUCGAUGUUUUGAACGUUUUAUUAGAUAGUAAAGUAUGAUCCCGAUUUAGUAACGAGUCGAAAGGAUGGUGGAAUCACAGCAGAAAUUUCCCGAAACCUCCGAUGCUACAGUACCAGCCGGUGGACAGUUGUCCACGGCACCGGAAACUACAAAAUCCAGACAGAAAAAGGACAAAAAAGAAACCGGGGGAAGUAAACGGAACAAGAAAAGUAAAAAAGAUGUUCCGAAGCCGUUGACUAAGGUCGUCAUUCGCCGACUACCACCCUCGAUGGACGAGGAAACUUUUCGAAAACAGAUAGAUCCCAUUCCGGAUCACGAAGAUUUCUAUUUUGUCUCCGGCGAUUGGUCACUGGGGAAAAACGCUUCGUCCAGGGCCUACAUAAGCUUCAGCCGAGCAGAGGAUAUUUUUCUGUUUAAGGACAAAUUUGAUGGAUAUAUAUUCGUAGAUUCCAAGGGGGUGGAGUUCCCGGCUGUAGUUGAGUACGCUCCGUUUCAGGAACUACCGAGAAAUCGUUCGCGCAAAAAGGACGCCAAAUGUGGCACCAUCGAAACGGAUACUCAUUUCAUCGCAUUUCAGGAAGCGCUUGAGUUAGAGGAGAAGGAAUCGGCGGGAAAGAGCAAGAGCAAACUGGAGUAUAGCUACCAGAUAAAGGAUGAGAAAAAAGUAACGUCGACGCCACUGCUGGAGUAUAUUGCUCAGAAAAGGCAGGAAAAGCGCGAAGAGAAGCGUAGAAAAAUGGAGGAGAAGAAAAAACAGAGAAAGGAGGAACGCCAGAAGAAAAGUCAGACGGGAAAACCGAUAUCGGAAUCGAUACGGGAGGAGAAGGGCAAAGAGGAUGACAUUGUGGUUCGAACGGUUCCGUCUCGGCUGGAUCCAAAUCAAACAAAAAGGGAUGCCGUUAAAAAAAUGAACGAAAAGGCUGAUGUUACGAAGGACUCAAAAGAUAGAGAUAAAAAACAACGGAGCAGAAAGGAAAAAGAUAAAGAGCGGAUGAAACAAGAGAAAGAUGAGGCGGUAGGAGGGCAGGAGAAAACACUUAGUCGAAAGCAGGAACGAGAUCGUCAGCGGAAAGAAAAGGAUAAAACGAAGAAGCAGGAAGAAAAGGAUAAGAAACCAUCUGGUGAUGCUCCCCACUGGGACAAAGAAGUGGUUCCCAAAGCAGUAGAAGUGGAGGUACCGACGAAACCCUCGACAUCUGAAGUUCCCCGGAAGGAAGUCAAAAAGUAUAGUGAACGCAGGAAGGAAACUCGUGCUCGAGCAGAGACUCGUCUCGCUGAAUUGGAAGAGCGCAACGAUGUUCAGACUUCAAUCACCAGCGAGCAUUUCAAGUCCAUCCCAGUCAUACCGAAGAUCGAUAUUAAGAAAAGCGUUCUUACGCCACACGUAGCGCCGUUUAUACCGAAAGAAAAAUCCACCAUCAUUUUGGGAGAAUCGUCUGUAUCUCUUCCGCCAGCAUUCCCACAAAAGUCUGUAGUUCAGACACCUGCAGUAUCGCAGCUUGCAGAGGAACCGAUGGUUAAAAAAGAAUCCACUCCAGCUCCGGAUACACCGGCAGCAGACAGUAGCAGCUCUGAGAGAAAACCCGAUAUUGAUGAGAAGUUAAAGGAGGCUCGUGAGGCACGGAAAAUUCGAAAUAAAAAUCGACCUUCAAUUGCAAUUUACCAGCCGAGGAAGCGUUUGAUACCGGGAGCGGCUGGCGGUUCAAAGGACGGUGAUGAUGAUAAAAUGAAGGAUAAAAGUGAUUCCGAUCGUUCCUCGGACAAAAGUAUCAAACCCCGGCUAAACGACGAGAAAGAUAAACGGCACAAGUUGACUAAAAAAUCGUCGGACAAGGAAAGGCCAAAGGAUCGACGGUGCAGAAGAAAGAAUUCCAGCGAUUUGGAAGGGGACAGGGAUAAGAAGGGUCCCUCGCGGAAGAACUCAAGGGAGGAACCUCCACCGCCAGCGGAACCGGUACCAUCGGCAUCGGUUGAUGAGAAACCUGUUGCGCAAAAUGUAACUGAGACAGUCGAAGCCCUGGAGGGAAUUAAUUUGAACAGCUAAAUUAACGAUUACUUUAUUGAUUGCCGCUAAUGUAUAAAAAAGCGUUCAACUGAGUA